GUACUUUCCAAACCAAAACCGCCCACAUACGCUGCCUUCAGCCAUUAUAAAAGCAAACGCAACAGCGCAUUUGCGCGAAACCCGCAGUUUUAAUAUCCGGUGCUUGGUAUUUUCCAUUGACGUAAGCAGGAAAUCCAUUUUGAGUCUCACUACAGGAGAAAGAACAGAAAGAGGCGGUUUAUAGGAAUCAUCUCGACACUGCUCUUCUGGUUGUGGUUUUUUUUUUCUGUGGUAACGGCACCACUGAAGCAGAGUGAUAUCACCGACAGAAUCAAACCCCUGUUUCUUAAGCAACAUAUUUUUAUUUCAUAAUUAGAUUAAACCUUCACACAUGGAUAUGUAAACCCCACCCUAAGGGAUGUCUUCAGGGAGAAGGGCUUUCUUUACCACAACCAGGAAUUUGAUAAAAAUUGAGUUAUUCAUUAACACAUGAUGCAUUGUUUAAAGUUUAGAUCGUGUCUGGUUUGGUUAAUUGUAUUUGUUAAUGAUCCUGGGUGAAGGCAUAUGGUAGACCUGGACAAUCACCCAGUUCAGUUUGUUAAUUCACCUUUUGUUUGGCACGUUGUUUUCUAACACGUUUAGUGUGGAUUUCAUUGGUUCAUUGGAUGUCCAUUCUUGUUUUUAUCAGUUUCAUCAGAGAAGGUAGUUUGACACAGAUAGAAUACACUUGCGUUGGAGUUUAGGUUGGUGUAAUCUGUAAUUAGAUUUUUAAGUGGGAGUUUUCAGAUGUGUUAUGACAGCCAGGAAAAGCCCAAUCAUCUAAGGGAAAGAAGGUUGUUUGUUCAGCUUAUGACUAGUUUUCCAGUCUUGUGACAAACACAAGUUACCAUAACUUUUUGUCCUUCGUUCCUCAUUAAAAUUCAGUGCACUCAAUAGCAUGUGUCACCAGUGUGCACUUUAGAUCCUGGAUAUGGUAAAUAAAGCCCUUCUCCCUGAGGACAUCCCUCUUUUUCUAUUCAUAAUGGAAAUCCUACAAAAUAGUGCUUUUUUAAGGGGUCUGUGUCGUACCAGUGGGCCAGCAGACCUACAAUAUGAUAACUCAAGCGAACUGUUUCGCAUUUCAACCUUUGCAAAGUUUUCCUCUUCGGCGACGGUGACCGAGAGAAGCCUGGCUCGCGCCGGGUUCUUCUACACCGGCGUAGGCGAUCGGGUCCAGUGUUUCCGCUGCAAUGUAAUCGUUGAUAACUGGCAGUCGGGCGAAUGCCCAGCCGAGAGGCAUAAGCAGAUGUCACCAAGCUGCACCUUCAUUCAAAGCUUGCCUUCCACUGCCAAUCUUUUGUCCUCCUCCCAUUCGGCCUUUUCACCACUGCGCAAUGCUACUAUCCUGCAACUAAACCUGCCUGUGGCCACUUCAACUUCGGGCCAGAUCGAUGAGCAAGCUGGAUAUCUGAAUAUGAGCAACCUUGCCCCUUCCAGCCCACUGUCAUCUCGGGGCGUGGAAGACAUGUCUCACCAGAGGCCACCUGCUUGCCACAAUCCCAGCAUGCGGCGCGAGCAGGAUCGCUUGGACUCCUUUCAAAACUGGAUCCUCACCACAAUCACGCCUGCCGAGCUUGCCAAAGCUGGUUUCUAUUAUCUCAGCCAGGGAGAUAGAGUGGCAUGUUUCAGCUGUGGUGGCCACCUGAGCAACUGGGAGCCUGGAGACAGGGCCGUGUCUGAGCACCAAAGGCAUUACCCUAAUUGCCGAUUUGUGAGAGGGGACCGAGCUGAUAACAUACCCAUCAAUUCUGGUUUGUCCAACGUGUCCAACCCAGCAAUGCAGCAGUGUGAAGAAAGAUUGCUAACAUUUGUAAACUGGCCUGCAAGAAUACCUGUCAGACCAGACCAGCUGGCCAAAGCUGGUUUUUACUAUGUUGGCCGCAACGAUGAUGUAAAGUGCUUCUGUUGUGAUGGAGGUCUCAGAUGUUGGGAAUCGGGAGAUGAUCCUUGGGUUGAACAUGCUAAAUGGUUUCCUAGGUGUGAGUACCUUUUGCAAGAAAAGGGACAAGAGUUUGUUCAUCAGAUCCAAGCCAGAUUUCCAAGAUUGUUUGAACAGCUCUUAAACAAUGGGGACUCGAGGGAAUUUGUUGAUCCACCUGUUGUACAUUUGGGUCCUGGAGAAGAGCGUUCAGAAGAUGCUAUAAUGAUGAACACGCCUGUGGUGAAAGCAGCCUUAGAAAUGGGCUUCGAACGCAAUUUAGUGAAGCAGACUGUCCAAAGCAAAAUUCUCACCAGUGGAGAAAACUAUAAAACUGUGCAGGAACUGGUGUCUGAUCUGCUGAGUGCUGAGGAUGAAAAAAGAGAAGAGGAGCGAGAAAUGUUUGCAGAGGAAAUGGCAUCAGAUGGCUUUACUUUUCUAAAGAAACACCACGCUGCCCUGACCCAGCGUUUGAAAAGUGUCCAGAGCCUAAUGGACCAUCUGUUGGAGGAGAACGUCAUUUCACAGAAGGAGUAUGACAUCAUACGCAACUGUACGUCAGUCAAGCAGCAGACCGGUCAGCUCAUCGAUCUGGUCUUGUCAAAGGGGAAUGCAGCAGCGGAAGUCUUCCGCAACUGGAUCAAAAAGAACGACGUGUACCUCUUGCGAGAGCUUAUGGCCCAGACAAAUGAAGCUGUAUCACCGAGUCAAGAUCUUUCAGACUUGCCCAUGGAGGAACAGCUGAGGAGACUUCAAGAAGAGCGCACAUGUAAAGUCUGCAUGGAUAAAGAAGUCAACAUCGUCUUUAUACCAUGUGGGCACCUGGUGGUUUGUAAAGAGUGCGCGCCUUCAUUACGCAAGUGCCCCAUCUGCAGAGGCUUGGUGAAAGGCACUGUACGCACCUUCCUGUCUUAAUUGUGCUAAAUUGUUUAGAAGCAUACUGUUAAACAUAACUGACUAAAUUCAAUUACACAUGGAGAAAUGCUUGAGGAAAAUGUAAACAGAUUGAUAAAGUGGUUUUAAAAAAAAUUGUCUUGUUUGUUAAAAAUGAUUUUAUUUUAUUUUUUCACAAUACAAUCCAUGAUUAAGUCUUC